GUCACGCGGGAAAAAAACUCGCUUGUGGCGGCGCGUGUCGCAGUAAAACUUAGCUAUUAAUAAUAAAUUGGCCGCGACUCUGAGCUUCCGAGUCUUCGCAUUAAGUAAGCGACUCAUCGCCACGUAGGCUUUCUUCUUCGUCUUCGAGAAUCUCUCAAGGGAGUCCUAAAAAGAUAUUAACCCACACAGAAGAAGAAUGAGCUUUGCGUGCCUCGUGUGUCACAGUGUAGAGAGCCCGUCCCACUCCUUUAGAAGCUACUCCGUGUCUAGCUCUGACAAUGAAGGAAGAUGCUCUGUGAUUGCUAGCUGCCUCACUAGGAAAUCACUCAUUCAAGCUGCAAGAUCAAACACUUUCCCUGCUUCAUCCUCGAAGGUAACCCCGCAACCCAAUAUCCAGGCAGGUGAUGUGAUGAUAACACUAGGAGCCUCGCCAAGGUUAGUGCGGAGCCGUGCAGGGAGAAGAGACUGGAACUUCAACGAAAUCGAGGCAGAGAUUUAAAAAAUUAAGUCUGACUCUCUUCUCUUUAGACUAGUGUUAGUUUGUUAAUCUCUAGCACAGCUCAAUGUUCAUCCUCAGGAGAUCCUUACCAGUCUUCUGAGUUCUGUUCAAACGAUUUAUCACUUGUCAAAUUUUGUACUCGUCUCACUACUUCUUUAUAAACCAAUAAAUCUAUAAAAUUAUCUUUUCA